AUGACUGACACCUGCUACUCCGGGACCUGUGCUCCAGCUGCAUCCACCACAUCUGUCUGCUCCAGUGAAAGGAGCUACAGCAGCCAUGUCUUCCUGCCCACUGACUACCCUCGCUCCUCCUGCGAGGUGGACGACUGCCCUGAGAGCUACUGCGAGCCGCCCUGCUGUGCUCCUACCUGCUGUGCCCCAGGCCCCUGCCUGAGCCUCAUUUGCACCCCCAUGAGCUGUGGGUCUAGCCCCUGCCAAUUGGUCUGCACCAGUUCCUGUGGGCCCUCCUGCUGCCAGCAGUCUAGCUGCCAGUCUGCAUGCUGUAUGUCUUCUCCCUGCCAGCAGGCCUCCUGUGUACCCGUCUGCUGCAAGCCCGUCUGCUGUAUGCCUAUCUGUUAUGGGACUGCCCCCUGUUCUCCUAUCUGUGUGCCCAUGUGUUGUGGGGCCUCCCCCUGCUCAUCCUCCUUGUACUGCCAACCUUCUCCCUGUGCCCCCUCCUGCUGCAAACCCUCCUCCUCCAUGUCCCUCAUCUGCCGCCCUGUGUGCAAACCUGUCUGCUGUGCCACUGCCUCCUCCUGCCGUGUCCCUGCCUCCUCUAGUAUGUCUCUAGUCUGCCGUCCUGUGCGCCCCCGCCCAGCCUGCUGUGGCCUCCAACCCUCCAAGAAGACUCCAUGUUAA